AUGAACACCAAUAUGAAAUAUACUUCUGGACGGGAACCACAAGAUACAUCAUCCGCUAUCUUGCCGCUUCCUGAGAAUGUUGUCGCACAAAUCAAAUCGUCCACCACAAUCACCAGCCUCAAUCAGGUAGUCCUUGGCUUGUUUGAGAAUUCUUUGGAUGCACAGGCAACAAAGAUCGACAUCAUCAUUGACCACGGUCGAGGUGGCUGCACCGUCGAAGACAACGGCAUCGGUAUCUUGCCCUCAGAGUUUCGUGCAACAGGCGGUCUCGGUCGCUUGUACCACACAUCCAAACAGAAGGAGAGCGCACGACCCGAAAAUCAUGGUGGCCAAGGAACAUUUCUGGCCUCGGUGGGAGCGCUCUCGCUUCUCACUAUCACAUCUCGACAUGCUCAACACUAUUCUCAUAAUACUUUAAUCUUGCAUCGGUCGAAAGUCAUCUCCAGGUUGACUCCCACGCUGCCUCAGCAUGAGAUUCGUGGCACCACUGGUCAUGGCACACGCGUAACCGUCAGGGACUUGUUCGGCAACAUGCCUGUGAGAGUCAAGCAGCGAGCCAUCGUUGCCGAAGAAGGAGCCGAAGCAGAGAGGCAAUGGCAAGCUCUGAAAAUUGGAAUAGUGGGCUUGCUUCUACCAUGGAACCGCCGCGUCGUGGUCAAAGUCACAGACUCAGAAGAUCCGGCAAGAACUUUCUUUCUCAAUACUGGAGCACAAUUUGUACCGAACGCUUUCAGCGAGAGAAACCUGAACGCCUUGAACAAGAAAAUGUCAGGUUUUGACCAAGGCACUGUCUUGAGUAUUCUAUCUCAAUCAGGUAUCAUCUCGAUCGAUUCUAAGAAAAGCUGGAUACCAGUUUCUGCAUCGACUUCCUCCAUCACUGUCAAAGGUAUCAUAUCGCUCGAGCCGGCACCUAGUAGAAAUGCUCAGUUCAUGUCUAUCGGUAUAAUUCCCUGUCUGGACGAGAACAGGCAUAAUGAGCUUUAUGACACAGUCAAUCGACUUUUCAAUCAGUCUACAUUUGGCCACAUAGAUGAAGACCCGCAGCCUGAUGGAGCGGAGAUCAAACGUCGACAGCAUGAUCGACGAUAUAGAAAAGAUGGUCCUACGAACAGGCAACUUCAAGGAGGCAGAAAAGGAGUAGAUCGUUGGCCGAGAUUCUACUUCCGGAUAGAUCUCAGAUCGGACGAGAACCCACGAAAAAUGGAUGACCUCAGCGACAUGCGCCUCAGAAGCAUUGCCAAUGUUCUAGAAAGCUUGACCCUGCAUUGGUUGGAAGCCAACAACUUUAAGCCGAAGAAGUCACAACGCAAGCGAAAGCAGACAAUGAACGAUGAGCAGGCAUACCAUACGAUCUCUGACGUUACGUCGCCGAUCCCAAACAACCAGACUUCAUCCGCUUCAUUGCACCCUGCGAGCGGUGACAAAUCUCGCGUCACGAAUCCAGGGGACACUUCAAGUACAGAUCACUGCAGCUCUAAGAGGAUACGGUCUAGGACUUUAGCAGAUGCUGCAAUACCAACGAUGCCCUUCACAGACUGGAGCCGAAUUAAGAGUGCUCGACCACAGAUGUACGACAGUAUGUGGAAGUGCAAGGCACGACCGUCUACGCGACCCACGCCGAGCGAUCCGAUCAAACAGGCGAAAAGCUCAUUGGACACGCCUGCCACGAUCAACGUUGAAGCUGUGGAUACGAACCAUUUUGGGUUUGCGCAUGACGCCUCGCAUGAGACGACAGAGCUGCUAGAACCAGAUCGUUCUCAGACUGCUCUUCACCAGGACCAGUCUGGUCAGGCUUACAUUGACUGGAUCGAUCCGAAGACGAAUAGGAAACACCGUAUCAAUGCGCGUACUGGCAUUGUGAUGCGGGAUGAAGUGCAUCGACCAGCUCCCAGCGACGCGUCUACAAGCAGAUCUGCUGCUGCUGCAAAUGUGCGCUUGUCAUCCUUUGGUAGGCCUCUUGUCUUGGAGCGAAGAAAGGGUCAUGUACCAACCACACUUGAUGCAACCUCUUAUUCCUCAACCUCUGCUCCUUGGUUGGAAGGAUUCUUACAAACCUGGAAGAACCCAGUCUUUGAGACGCAACCUGAACAACCAAUACCGAAGAUCAGUCUUGGUGGGCUCGAACAAGAAGUAGGCCGAUCGCAUGACUGCCAUUGGCAGCACUCGGUGGCUGACUUGUUUCCACAUGCUGGACCUCCCGAUGUUAGUCGACUGUCAAAAUCUGCAUUGGCUUUUGCACAGGUCAUCUCGCAAGUUGACAACAAAUUCAUUUUAAUGAAGACACCAAGUCUGGCAGGGUCAAAGUCCCAAGAGCUCGAUCAUGCCAGACAACUGCUGGUGUUGGUGGACCAACACGCGGCCUCUGAACGCUGCAUCCUCGAAAAACUGCUCGAAGAGCUCUGUACGCCAGCUCGAGAGAUUGCCCUAGUCCAAUCGAAUAUUGGCUUCACAUCAAGUGUCAAGACAGUUCCAGUCGAUAAGCCGUUGAGCUUCCAGAUACCAUUGCAAGAAGAGACCAUGUUCACAGUUCAUGCAGGACAUUUUGCAAACUGGGGAAUCCUCUACGACAUCAACUCGCACACGCCAGAACCACCUCGUCUGAACAUCUUGACCUUACCACCAGGCAUAUCCGAACGCUGUAAAGCAGAGCCAAGGUUACUCAUCGAGCUUCUCCGCAGCGAGAUUUAUACACUCGCCGAAAGCAGCAGCAUACGCACUCGACCUCUCGAACCUUCAGACGCAGACACAAACCGGACAUGGCUGCAACGAAUAGGCUCCUGUCCCAAAGGAAUACUACAACUCCUGAAUUCACGCGCUUGCAGAAGCGCCAUCAUGUUCAACGAUGUCUUGACUCUCGAGCAAUGUCAAAGAUUGAUUGAGGAGGUUGCAAACUGCGCGUUUCCAUUUAUGUGCGCGCAUGGCAGGAAUAGUAUGGUACCCUUGGUUCAUCUGGGCGGUGAUGGCGGGGAUAUGCAGGGAUGCGUGGGUGAAUUUGGCGGGAGAGAAGAGAGAAGUCAAGGGUUCGCCAGUGCUUAUAGGAAAUGGAGGGAGAAGGCUGCAAGAUGA